AUGCGAUACUCCCCUCUGGCCCCACGAUGUGUUUGCCAGCGGCGUGAAGAGCGAAGCUGCUACCUCUACUUCUCCUCUCGAGUUCCCUCAAAACCCUGUCGUAGUUUUCCACAGGGAGGCCAAGAUGAACUUACAUGUCUGCAGCUCUUAAUGUCUUGGUUCCUGAUUCACACAUACUCAAUCUUAGAAAUUAUAAUAUUCUGCAUUCUCCUCUAUUUUUACAAAAUAAAGGCUGUGAAGCACAUCGUGGUUUUGUUGAUGAUGGUAGCACUACUGGCAUCGCUGACUGUCAUCGCUGUAAAGGCUGUGGCCAGCAUGAUAAUACUCUCUGCAAAGGGGAAAAUGCAGCUAACUUACCCUGUUUUCUAUAUCAUGAUUGUUUUAAUGGCAACUUCUUGUGCUUUCCAAGUCAAGUUCUUGAAUCAAGCAAUGCAUCUGUAUGAAGCAAAAGCAGUUGUGCCCAUUAAUUUUGCGUUCUUCACCACCAGUGCCAUCAUUUCAGGGGUCGUAUUUUAUCAGGAAUUCCAAAGUGCAGCUUUGCUGAGUGUGUUCAUGUUUCUGUUCGGGUGUCUCCUAUCUUUCCUUGGUGUAUUUGUAAUUGCAAGAAAUAAAAAAGAGGAGCAUUUACAAAUUCAUUUUAUUGACUGUGGACAUAUUCCUGGACAAAAAUUUACAGGCAAAAUACAACCAGAUUCUCACAGUUCACACUAUGGCACUUUGAAUAAUGAAGACAACUCAGUAAAAAGCCAAAGCUGA